AUGGACGGGACAGAGGAGCCAGCGGACAAGCCCCAGAAGCGGGUGAGGUUCCGGGUGGCUUCAGGGAGCAGCGGCCGGGUCCUCAAGGAGAUGUUCAAAGAUGAAGGACCCUCGGACUCUCUGGAUUCGGACUGCACUAGUAACUCGGACGCGGAUCGGGCCAGCACGCCCUCCACCAGCGGGGAUUCUCACGGGCCCCUGUAUGGAUUUAUGGGCUCCGAGCUGGAGGAUAGUGAGAGCGAGCCGGAUGAGAUGCUGUUGUACGCGGGGGGUUCCAGUAAAGACCGUGUUUUCAGCCCCAAGAGGGUCAACAUCCUCAGCCAGAACGGGACUGUGCGCGGGGUCAGGCACAAAGUGAGCGCGGGGCAGGCACUUUUCGAGAGCUUGCCCAUGAUCAAUAGUCUGGAGUUGGCUCUGGAGUUCGGCCGCAUCGUGAUCUACACCACGAGUUUCCGCGUGGUGAGGACCACGUUUGAGCGCUGCGAGCUGGUCAGGAAGAUCUUCCAGAAUCACCGGGUCAAGUUUGUGGAGAAGAACAUUGCCCUGGACUCUGAGUACGGCAAAGAGCUGGAGGAGCGCUGCAAGAGGAUCGGAGAGCCACCGUCUCUGCCUGUGGUGUUCAUAGACGGACACUACCUGGGGGGAGCUGAAAAGAUUCUAAGCAUGAACGAAUCAGGAGAACUUCAGGACCUCCUAACCAAAAUCGAGAGGGUUCAGCAGCCUCAAACGUGCCAGAUGUGUGGGGGCUACGCCUUCGUCCCGUGCCCAACGUGCCAUGGCAGCAAGAUGUCGGUGUUCCGGAACUGCUUCACGGAUUCCUUCAAAGCCCUCAAGUGCACCUCCUGCAACGAGAACGGCCUGCAGGCGUGUAGGAGCUGCAGCCAGUGA